AUGGUCUUUAUUCACAUCUCUGUGAUCGCUGUGCUUGGUCUUCUGUCUUUGGGAGAAACCGCUCCUCUGAGCAGCUGUGACAGUCUGAUCCAACCUCUGGAAAUCAGAGGACCAGAGCAGGUAUGGAACCCUCUCUCCAUAUUUAUAACCUCUCUCUUCAUUCUCACAGUCCUCUCCAUGAAAGCCCAAAAUUAUCAAAAUGAUUUUCUGUAGUAUCAGCUGAGACAAACAUUUUCUAUUUCAGCUGUUGGGAAAGUGGAUGCGUGUUGCGGUGAGCUCAGACCAUGAGGAGGCAGAGCUGUUACAAGCUUUUCAGGACAGCUACUGGAUGAGACUCACUGCUGACAACGAGAGCGAUGUCAUCUCUGUCAUGGGAGCUUUGAAAGGGUAAUAAAAAAUGAUAUAAAUGUAAAAUAUAUUUAAGUGAACUCUCUAAAUAUUCAAGGUGGAAGAUUUGUUUUCUGGUUAGAUAUUCAUGUCUUUAGGUUUUAACUUAGCAUUUUUGUUCCUCUCGUGUAGAUUUGGACUUUGUUUCACAUUGACAACUAGGUUAACCUUGGUAAACAACACUCUCCAGCGUGAGUAGAGAAAUGUGUUUUUAUUUCAAGGGUGUUUGCAUGUGUAUGUGUGUGCCUCUACAAUAUAUGUGAAUUUUGAGUCCAGAAUCAGCACUUUUCCUCCUCUCUGAAAAGUUCUUUAUGAAGAGACUCAAAUGUGACUUCUUUAAAAUAAUGUGUUUUCUGUUUUUAUCUAUUUGUAGCUAUGAUGUACAAAACAUCCCCGAUGAUUGAGUUUGAAAUCUGGAAAGAGUUUCACUUACUGAAAACUAUAGUAAGAGGAGCUUUAUUUACCCUCAAGGGGAAAUACAAUACUGGCAUUAUUUGUAAAUAAAUGAUGAUGCCCGUGAAGAAUUAAAUAAUAUUUUCUCUAAAUUGGUCAUCAGUGGUUGGUGAAACCUUCAGAAAUGACACCUUUGUUUUUCAACCUCAUGCUCAUUACUGGGGUUUGCAGUACCAAAAAACGAACUGUUGUCUGCAAGUCCAGAACCCCAGAGUUGUUGAAAUCAUCAGGACAGGACCAACCCUUUGUUUGUUUUUCAUUUUUCAUAUAAGACAUUAACAUUAAAUUAUAAAUUUGACUCUCACGAGUCAGAAUGAUGGGAUUUUUGUGAGAUGAAGACCUCUUUGAAGGGUGUCAAACUUGACAAAAACUGAAAGUUUCUCACAGGAGUUUUAAAUUACAUUAGAAUGGGGGAGUUUGACUUAUAUUUUGGCAGAUUGUCUCAGUUUGUUGGUGUUGAUUACUGUCUUCUUCUUCUUCUUUGACACAGCUUUUAUCAACCAGACCAUGAAAUCAGGUGAGUAGCUUAAUACAGUGAUGAGGCACAAUGUGCAAACAUUUCUGUAAGAUCUGUAUACACAUACAUCAGUGACCCUAUGUCUGUAAUUGCAAUUGUGUGUGUGUGUGUGUGUGUGUGUGUGUGUGUGUGUGUGUGUGUGUACCUCCCAGAAUAUUUCUUUGUUCCAGGAAACGUGACCCUGCUGAAAACUGAGUGUUCUGACUGUCUGCUGCUCCAAACACAAAACUAUAUUAUGGGAAAGACAUAUGACAAUCUCAUCCUUAUGAGUAAGUUGUAUCUUCUUCUACACGUUGUACCCUGCUAUUAAAAAUACUUAUACCUCUGAAACUUCUACUACAGCUAUUAUUAAUACUAUUCAUAUCAAUAAUACAAAUUAAAAUAAAGUACAUUUGGAUCUACAUUCAUUACCUGCUGUGAUGAAUGUCUCACAGGAGGGGUUUAAGUGUAACAGGUCAGUGUUGGUAUACUGAGUUCUUUUACAGCUAUUUCAACUAUAAAUAGAGAAUAUAAACAGUGUUGCAGCUUGGACAGCUUGGACUCCGGGGUUCUGAAAGCUUAGCGGUCUGCAUAGAAGCUGUGGUCCUUAUCUCAGUGGUCCCCGAUUAGAGUCCAAGACAUGACCCUUUGCUGCAUAUCUUUCCUCACUCUACUCUCCAUGUUUUCUGUCUCCUUUAGCCUCGUAAAAAAACACAUAGAACAAUGGAAAAAGAAAGCUUGUUUAUCUCUUUAGUAAUAGUGAUAGUAUAGUGUUACGCAAAUUAGAGUCCUUCUAUAGUAAGAAGAGAUCCCCACCCUGUCAGUAAACUAGUUUGAAUAAAUCUCCAUUAUCUGAGUAAUAUUCCCCCCAUAAAAAAACGGACAUGUCUACACACCGUUGUCACAUCCUCCUUUGUUAUCUAGAUGCAAUAAUAUUUCAUUCAGAGAUCUGCUGUGAGUUAAAUCAAAAAUCCUGUCACUGUGUUUUCUUCUGUCCCUCAGGUAAAAGACAGACUGUGACUGCUGCUGAGAUGGAGGAGCUACAGAAGCAAGCGGACUGUCUCAACUUAAUCAGGCCUUUCAGCCUGAGCUUUGACAGAGGUAUGAUUUACCUGCAGCUAUUGUGGUUUUUUUUCCAAGUAGAAAGGGAUAGAAGCAUGCUAGAUCUACAGGGAUCAGAACUAUUUGGAGUUCUUCUAUAACCAGAAUGUUGUUCACAUGGUCUGUAUCUUACAGGACAAUGUCCAGAGCCUGAGUCUCCAGGGGCAGAUGUUAUAGAUAUGACACCGUUGUUCAGUGGAGACACAGACGUGCGGCCUAACAUUAUUGAGAAGAUCUUAAACGCUACAGGUGGACUGGACAAUUUUCUCAAAAGGGUCACUGAUGCGACGCAGAGACUACAAAGAAAUGAUCAAAAAUAA